GAAUGGAAUGAACCAACACCAGAGUAGAAUUGAGCUGGUUAGGGCGAGAUUACCGCCAUACGAGCCACCUCCACCAUGGAUCCCACCACAAGAGAGAGUUCACCAUCCUGACUACAACAAUGACAUUAGGGAGUUCCUUCCAAGGGAGUUAAUUCUACAGAGGAUGAGAGCUUCAGAACAACUGGGAUUCAACAUUCGAGGUGGCCAGGAACAUCACUGUGGAAUUUUUGUGUCAAAGGUGAUGCCCAACAGUGAGGCAGACAAACUUGGACUGAGGGAAGGGGACCAGAUUUUAACAGUUAAUCAAAGAGACUUCACAAACAUAGACCAUGCAGAGGCUGUCAGAGUUCUGAAAAUGAACACCACGAUACAGAUGAUGGUCAGAUUCUUUCCAUAUGGUUAUGACAGAACAUAUGACAAGUGUAAGUUUCUGGCAUCCAAUCAGCAAGCAGAGAGGUAGCAGAUUAUGUCAUGUUACUAAAUCAUCCAAUCAAGUCACCAGAUUAUAUCAUGUGACUAAAUCAUCCAAUCAACAAAGUGCAGAACAUGUCAUGUGACUAAAUCAUCAAAUCAACAGACUAUGUUCUGAGAUAAGAUCAUCUAAUCAACAGAGAAAUUAUAGGAUUCAUCAUCAAUUAGAUCAUUCUUGUCAUUUGCCCAAGUCUAAAAUACUUUGCAGGAAAAAAAAAUGUACAAAUUGUUAAAUAAUACCUGGAAUAUUAAAUGCCACUUUUUCACACUUCAAAUCAUCAGACCUAAAGAACAAUUUAUUUACUGAUAUGAAUUAAGUUAUUAAUUGACAGGUAUUCUUUUACAUAAGAUAAUAUUUUUAUUUAAACAAUACAUGCACCUUGUAUCAUGCAUAAAUCUUGCAUUUAAGGCAAAUAUCUUUUGAUUCAUUUAUUCAAUUAUACACUUGUUAUAUAUUCAAUGGACUACAUCUAGAAAUAGAUUUGUUUAUUUUCAUAGAAUAUUUUAAAUGGUUGUGUAGUU